GCAUGCGCCGUGGCACCCUGUGCCCCCAGGCGCGCAUGUGCCGCUCCCUCCCGGCCGGGGCUGAGGAGCGCGGCGUGGCUAUCGCGAUACUUGCGCGGCGGAGACGCCAUCCUGUCCGCCGGGGUUGCGUAGGUUCCUAACCUGCCGGCCGGCCGGGCGCGAGGAGGGGCGUCUUCGAGGCGGAGGCUCCUGCCGGGGCACGUCGAGGGGUGUGUAGGGGUCUGCUGGGUUUGAUUGAAAUAAAAGAUGGACUGGAGCGGAAAACAUAAUGGGCCAAAUGAUACAACUAAUGAUGGAACAGUAGUACGACUUCGAGGCUUGCCAUUUGGUUGCAGCAAAGAAGAGAUUGUUCAGUUUUUCCAAGGGUUGGAAAUCGUGCCAAAUGGGAUAACAUUGACGCUGGACUACCAGGGGAGAAGCACAGGGGAGGCCUUCGUGCAGUUUGCUUCAAAGGAGAUAGCAGAAAAUGCUCUGGGGAAACACAAGGAAAGAAUAGGGCACAGAUACAUUGAAAUCUUCAAAAGUAGUAAGAGCGAAAUCAGAGGAUUCUAUGACCCGCCAAGAAGAAUGAUGGGACAGCAACGACCUGGACCAUAUGAUAGACCAUUAGGAGGAAGAGGGGGUUAUUAUGGAGCUGGGCGUGGAAGUAUGUAUGACAGAAUGCGUCGAGGAGGUGGUGGAUAUGACGGUGGAUACGGAGGCUUUGAUGAUUAUGGUGGCUAUAAUAACUAUGGCUAUGGAAAUGAUGGCUAUGAUGACAGAAUGAGAGAUGGGAGAGGCAUGGGAGGACAUGGCUAUGGUGGAGCUGGAGAUGCAGGCUCAGGUUUCCAUGGUGGUGGUCAUUUUGUUCACAUGAGAGGACUGCCUUUUCGAGCAACAGAAAAUGAUAUUGCUAAUUUUUUCUCACCAUUGAAUCCUAUAAGAGUUCACAUUGACAUUGGGGCAGAUGGAAGAGCGACAGGAGAAGCAGAUGUGGAAUUUGUAACACAUGAGGAUGCAGUAGCUGCCAUGUCCAAGGAUAAAAAUCACAUGCAGCAUCGAUAUAUUGAACUAUUCCUGAAUUCAACUGCUGGAGGUGGUUCUGGAAUGGGAGGCUAUGGCAGAGAUGGAAUGGAUCAAGGUUAUGGCUCUGUUGGUAGAAUGGGAAUGGGUAGCAAUUACAGCGGAGGGUAUGGAACUCCUGAUGGCUUGGGUGGAUAUAGCUGGUGCCAAACCAACUGUUUUUGUAUCACCGAUCAAAUUUUUUCUUUUCUUUAAGCUGACUUGUCUCUCUUUGUUCAAAACGUGGCAAGCCAUUACAUGGGUGAGCAAUUAGAAGCCAAAUGCCUCUAAAAUAGAAAUGGAUGCAAGCCUAAUAUUUGUUAAAUCAACACAACCCAAAACACCUGAUAAAGUUUUUGUGCAUUUAUGACAUGUAACAUAUGUAAGAAACAUUGUUUGAAGACACUUAACAUACCUGCUGUGAUUAAAAAAAGGUAUUUCAUAUUUAUUCUGAGCCAGUGUGAUCUCCCAAAUUAACUGCUUGUCCUCAAUGCCUCCUUACAAUGUCAAAUGUGAUCUUGGGUAUUGAAAGUCUGUCACCUGUUUUGCUAGUACUGUGUUAUAUAUGUAAUAAAUGUCUUAUUGUGGGA